GAGAGACGUCAGCAGAAGAGCCGGGAGUGUUUUUUUUUUAAGGACCCACCCCUAGGGUGGAGUCUGGCUUUCUUUCACGGUGUUGGCAGACUUACAGCUCGUGCAAAGUAGUGGCAAUCCCCGUGCUUCGGUCUCCUUGCUUUUGCUUUCCGGAGCAUCUCUGUCAAGGGCUGGGUAGCACGAGUUACUUUUAGGAAUUCCUGGAUUACCUUCAUUCUAGAAGCUUUGCCUUGCUGCCUUAAACCAUGGACAUCAUUGGGUUCCUGAAGUCUCAGUUCAUUUGCCACCUUCUUGUCAGUUAUAUAUUUAUAGUAUCAGGACUUAUUAUCAACUUCAUCCAGCUCUUCACACUAGUUCUCUGGCCAUUCAACAAACAACUAUUCAGGAAGGUCAAUUGCAGGCUGGCUUACUGCAUUUCUAGCCAGCUGGUGAUGUUGCUGGAAUGGUGGUCAGGCACUACUUGCACCCUCUACACUGACCCACAGAAUUACCACAAGUACGGGAAAGAAAAUGCCAUCGUAAUCCUUAAUCACAACUUUGAAAUCGACUUUCUCUGUGGUUGGAACUUUUGUGAAAGAUUUGGGGUUUUAGGGAGUGCCAAAGUACUUGCAAAGAAGGAACUUUCCUACAUGCCAAUCAUUGGUUGGAUGUGGUAUUUCCUAGAGAUAGUUUUCUGCAAGCGCAAAUGGGAGGAGGAUCGGAAAACAGUCAUGCAAGGCCUGCUUAAUCUCCGAGACUAUCCUGAAAACUUCUGGUUUCUGAUUCACUGUGAAGGGACAAGGUUCACGGAGCAAAAACACCAAAUCAGCAUGCAGGUGGCUGAAGCAAAAGGCCUCCCCAAACUUAAAUAUCAUCUGCUGCCACGGACAAAGGGAUUUGCUGUCACCGUCCAGUGUUUGAGAAAUGUAGUUUCAGCUGUGUAUGAUUCCACAUUGAACUUUAGGAAUAAUGAAAAUCCAACUUUGCUGGGAGUUUUAAAUGGGAAAAAAUAUCAUGCAGAUUUGUAUGUAAGGAGGAUUCCAUUAGAAGAAAUUCCAGAAGAUGAGCAGGAAUGUUCUAACUGGCUUUACAAACUCUAUCAGGAGAAGGACUCCUUUCAAGAGGAAUACUAUAGAACAGGAACAUAUCCUGGCACUCCAGUAGUGGUGCCCCGGCGGCCAUGGACUCUGUUGAACUGGUUUUUCUGGGCCUUAUUGCUGCUAUAUCCUUUAUUCAAACUACUCAUCAACAUGAUCAGUAGUGGCUCAUCACUGACUCUUGCUUCUUUCGCCUUUGUUUUCAUUGCAGCUUCUGUUGGUGUUCGAUGGAUGAUUGGAGUUACAGAAAUUAACAAAGGUUCAACUUAUGGCAACCAUGGUAACAAAGGGAAACUAAAGUGAAACUCUCCAGAGACUGCUUCAUACCUCAAAGGACCAUGCACGCCUGCUGCAAACUGUUGUGCAGAUUAUUUUUCUUCAAACAUGAGGAAGAAGCCCAUCGGAGGGCAAGCCAGACAUCAGUAGAAUUUAGACUCUUCUCUCCUUCCCCUUCACCCUGCUAGGUGAUUCUCUCAUUUUUCCCUGUACAAUCCCCCCUUCCCAUCCCACGUCUAGCUUUUCACAGGAAGUGGCUUUAAUAAUUAGGAAAAAAUAUGCAAAGGGGCAGUCUUAUCAAAGAAUGCUUUUGAGCAAAUGUGUUCAUUUUUUCUCAUUCUGUCCCCUUGAGGGAAAAAUCCUUCUCACUGAUCAAAUAUACUUUUUUUUGGUAAAGUAUCUAUUUUAGUUUGUUGUAUUUACAGAACAUGUAAAUACUCUUGUAGUGACAAAUGUCUCUAGGAAGUAGUCCGAAACAAAGCUGAUUAUACAGAAGUAUCAGUUCACCCGAGGUGUCAUUGUAAGUUGGAAUGUGAUACCUUGUCAUGAGGCAUGCCCAGUUCACAUCUCUGGAUAGCAGGAAAGGGAUGCGUGUGUGGCAGGGAUGGUGGUGAUGUAACUAUAAAAUACUCAGAGUAGUUUGGCUAUUGCCAUGGUAACUGUGCAAUCAAGUGCCAUGACAGAAAUGAACCUGUAUGAUAUCCUCUCACUGAUCAGCGAACCAUUAUUGAAAAAUCAGGUGAUUUAAACUGCAAGUGUUAUAGCAGGGAUGUCCAAUAUGAGAAGCUGUGCCUGCCCAGCUCCUGCUUUCUGUGCGGCACAAGAACCACCUGUGGUUUAGAAACUGCCACCACUGUGGGUAUGUGGUUUGGGAGUGGACUUUCUUCAGUAACUUUCCCCUUUUUUUUACUCAGUGAUGUUCCUGUAACUUAGGGAGAAGGUCUUCACAAAGCUAAUCACUUUCCUGUUGCAGCCAGUUACGCGUCUUGUCUGAAAUAGCAUUUGAAAAUGCAAAACUUUUGAUUAGGUAACAACCCCUCUCCAAUCAUGUUGUCUUGCUGUUUCCUCAGGUUGUUGUAUGUGAGAAAGUGUUGAAUUUUUGCCAGAAACAUCUGCAAUUUAAUUUACAAUACACAAUCAGAAGUCAUACUGAAAUGAAUGAGAAAAAAAUUAUAGAGUGUAGCAUCCAUUUGUAGUACAAAGCAAAGAUUUCCUAUUGCAAUUCGCACAUAUUAAACUAAAGGUCCAUUAAAGAGAAUGACUUAGAAGAGUAACUCUGCUUAGUAUGGCAUUCUACAUAUCCUAAAUUAUUAGAACAGAAUGGUACAAUGCAGAGAAAAGCACAUUACAAGAAUAUAGCUAUGGGAGAAAUAAGCAGCUGUGAAGAGCUUAAAAAUCAUUGCCUAGUCCUCUUAGAAAGUAUCAGUUCCUUGUGUUGUUAGCAUAAAUUAAUGCACUAAAUAAAACCAUAUCAAAUCAGGGAUAAGCCAAAAGGGAAUCAGCGCUUUGAAUUCCAAAUACAAUUCUGGACCACCUGAUAAAAUGCAUGUAAAAGUAUAUCCCUUGGAUAUAUAAAGCUAUUAACCCUAAAACUCCAGAAUCUUUUCCGUGUGAGCUUGAGUGACUCUUCCCCUCUCUUCUGUGUGACAAUGCUCACAAGGCAGAGCCACAAGGAAGCGAUUGGCAUGACAGCUACUGCUGUAGAAAUUCUUUGUAGAAAAGAAGCAUGCAAACGCCCAAGGCAGCUUUUCUAUUAGCAGCUCUGGUGCAAACAGUUUAAAUACUGUUCUAGAACUCUGGAAGUUUAAAAAACAGAUUGGACGUAUGCCAGUGGUUUACUGUUGUACUAUCUUGGAUCAUGUCCAAGAACACAGAAAGGAUAAUCUAGGACUACACACAAAUCCCUGGAGAAGUAGUCAGAGGAUGAAAAUUUGGCAGGGAAUAAUGGCAGAUAAAUAAGGACAAUUAUGCUUUUAAAAUACUAGCAUCUUUUAAAGAAGGGAAGUACACAAUAAUUGCAUCAAAUUAUUUUCAUGUCUGAUACAUUCCUUGUUCUGAAUUGAAAGCAUGAACGGUACAAUUUACAGCUUUCCAGUAAUUAUCACACACAAUUAUUUUGCCAUUGUGAAAACUUUCUAAAUUUGGAGCUAUACCUUUAGAAACAUAGGAAAUAUAGACAGAUAAGAUCAGUUGACAGUAAAAGAAUAUUUGUCAAAAUAAAUUUUAAACUCCAAUUUGGUGUAGUAAAGCAACUUCAUAUUGUCCUGUUUACGUAUCAGUGUUCACCCUCCAUGAGGAACUGUGUGUUUUAAAAUUGCCUUAACAAAAAAGUAGUCUUGCAUUUGUUUAUAAGAAAAUAAAGACUAGUUAAAAUGAAAAGACUGCUAUGUAUGUAAUUUCUGGUAAAUCCUGUGACACUUCAAAAUGUGAUAUAAACACUGUGUUUUUUUAAAAA